UCUAGGAAUCUGCUUUUGAAGUGGAGGGUGGCAGGGGUAGUGGCGGGGUGCAGAAAAUGUAACUUUACUUUGCCAGGAGGAGGAAACUUUGUCACUCCGCAGGAGCCCGUAGGCAUGUGCAACCUGGUGGAAGAGCUCCACGCGGGGCAGCAUUUUCUUUGACUUUGUGCUUUGCUCCCGAUGACCCCCGAGGGAGAAAGAGGACACUUGGACUCCACGCUGGUUCCUCAUCGCCGCCACCUCUCCGGGUGACAGCAGCGGAGGCGAUAUACCGGCCCCUUCCUCCUACUUCCCUGCCACCUUUUGAAGUCCCCAGAAAGGACCCACUUGCCGCACCCCACCCCCUCGCCCCCGGACAGAGGGAAAGCGAAGUCAGAAAAAGGUAUCCACGGAGCUAGCCCCCCGCUGCAAGAGGAGCGGGCUGGGGGGUUUGGGGUGGCGGGGAGAAGACUCCUUGCUGCUGGAUUCCAGGAACAAGUCACCCGGAAUUAACUUCUCGUUAAAGUUAUGGGAAGUGCGGCCAUGGACACCAAAAAGAAGAAAGAUGUUUCUAGCCCUGGAGGGAGCAGUGGCAAGAAGAGUUCGGGCCAGAAAAGGCGAUCGCUGCGGGUGCACAUCCCAGAUCUUAGUUCCUUUGCCAUGCCAUUCCUGGAUGGAGACCUGGAGAGCUCGGAAAAGCAUGUAUCCCGUAAGGUGGACAGUCCCUUCAGUUCUGGGAGCCCUUCCAAAGGGUUCUUCUCUAGAGGCCCUCAGCACCGGCCCUCCAGCCCUGUGUCAGCCCCUGUGAGGGCCAGAAAUAGCCCUGGCUCUCCCAAAACAGUGUUCCCAUUCCCCUACCAAGAGUCUCCUCCCAGAUCUCCACGUCGCAUGAGCUUCAGUGGCAUCUUUCGCUCCUCCUCCAAAGAGUCCUCCCCGAACUCCAACCCAUCUACCUCACCUGGGGGAAUCAAGUUUUUUUCCCGCUCGAGAAAAACAUCCGGCCUUUCGUCUUCACCAUCUACCCCUACCCAAGUGAUCAAGCAACAUACUUUUCCUCUUGAAUCGUAUAAGAAUGAGCCUGAGCGAUUAGAAACUCGAAUUUAUGCCUCCUCUUCUCCCCCGGACACAGGCCAGAGGUUCUGCCUGCCCUCCUUCCAGAGUUCAGCCAAGCCUCCCUCUGCAGCUCUGGCUCCCUACGCUACCUCCACAACAGCGGCUGUAGCAGCGGCCGCGGCGGCAGCAGCAGUUGCAGCAGCAGCAGCUCCAGGAACCGCUGAAGCCGGCAUGCUGGAGAAAUUAGAGUUAGAAGAGGAAGCAAUAGAAGAAUCCGAAAGUGAUAUUUACAUGCGAUUCAUGAAGUCACACAAGUGUUACGACAUUGUUCCAACCAGCUCGAAGCUUGUUGUCUUUGACACUACAUUACAAGUUAAAAAGGCCUUUUUUGCCUUGGUAGCGAAUGGUGUUCGAGCAGCGCCACUGUGGGAGAGUAAGAAACAGAGUUUUGUAGGAAUGCUAACAAUUACAGAUUUCAUAAAUAUACUGCAUAGAUAUUAUAGAUCUCCAAUGGUACAGAUUUAUGAAUUAGAAGAACAUAAAAUUGAAACAUGGAGGGAACUUUAUUUACAAGAAACAUUUAAGCCUUUAGUGAAUAUAUCCCCAGAUGCGAGCCUCUUCGAUGCUGUUUACUCAUUGAUCAAAAAUAAAAUCCACAGAUUGCCAGUUAUCGACCCUGUCAGUGGGAACGCACUUUAUAUACUUACCCACAAAAGAAUACUCAAGUUUCUUCAGCUAUUUGUGUCUGAGAUGCCAAAGCCUGCCUUCAUGAAACAGAACCUUGAUGAACUUGGAAUAGGAACAUACCACAACAUUGCCUUUAUACAUCCAGACACUCCUAUCAUUAAAGCCUUGAAUAUAUUUGUAGAAAGACGAAUAUCAGCUUUGCCUGUUGUGGAUGAGUCAGGAAAAGUUGUAGAUAUUUAUUCCAAAUUUGAUGUAAUAAACCUUGCUGCUGAAAAAACAUACAAUAACCUAGAUAUCACAGUGACACAAGCCCUGCAACACCGUUCCCAAUAUUUUGAAGGUGUCGUGAAGUGUAGCAAGCUGGAAACGCUGGAGACCAUCGUGGAUAGGAUAGUAAAAGCUGAGGUUCAUCGACUGGUGGUAGUAAACGAAGCAGAUAGCAUUGUGGGUAUUAUCUCGCUCUCAGACAUUCUACAAGCCCUGGUACUCACACCAGCAGGUGCCAAACAAAAGGAAAGUGAAGCAGAAUGACCACGGUGAACACAGAAGCCUUGAGUGAAUGUAGGAGAACGUGAACAAAGUUUCUGGGUCAAGUUGCCUCACAAACACUGACUGCGAUAGAAGAGAGUAAUGAUUAUGAGAAUGUCGAUCGCGAUAGCGUGAUGGGUAAUGAAUCUUUAUUUUCCCCAGUGAUGUCUAAGCUAAGCAUGACAGAGAGGGCUCGAUCGGCUUAAAGAUUGUCUUGUAUUAAAAAAUAUAUAUAUACAUAUAUAUAUAUAUAUAUUUCUAGACCUUUUCUGAAAGAUUUAACAUACUGUCGACCUCUCAAUUGUACUAUGGCCUGAAAUUCUAUCACUUUUUGCAAUUGAAAGAGCUCCCUGAUAGCCUAGUGACAGGUAAAUGUGACAUAAGGUGAGUGUAUGGCAUAUUCCUAACCCAGUGCCUUAUGUCAGAUACAGCAAUAUGUCAUCACUGUUGCCCAUCACUGUUGGAGAAAGUAUUUGUGUGAAGAGAAAACUGUGUUUGAAUGUGAAAGUCUUUGAACCUAUUACCAAAUCAGUUUAAGUUUUCAUUAGAUUUGUCAUAAAAGCUGUACUUUGAACAUAAAUAGAUUUACUUUAAAACUUUAAUGAGUUUUGUGUUUAAAUGUUGCAUUCUGAACUAAGAUGUAAAACAAGACUGAUUUUAAAAACAGCUUUAUUUAUUUUUACUUUCAUGGCAAUUUUUUUACACAUCUUUUGGUGGAUAGUUAAAACUUCACCAUAUCCAUUAAUAAACUGUUGAUUGUUAUACAAAAAAA